CACAGUGAGCACCACUGGGACAGCAAUUACACGAUGUCUUAACGACAUCCGUGUGGUCGAAUGUAUAAAAUGGCAGAUCAGCAUGCAACGAUAUUGAACUGUGUUUGAUAUUUUAUAUAUAUUCAGUACAUGCUUCAGAUUUGUUUAUAUAUAACAACCACACAUAUCAUGUCGGAUUUACAUACUCACCCUUUUGUAGGGAGAGGAGAAUACAUGUCGCAGUUCGAGGAAGCCUGGGACGAUCAUAAAUUUAUGGGAAUAUUUGGGUUGAAAUCAGUGGGAAAGAGCAGAACAGCUUUGGAGCUUGCCAGACGUUUCCGGGAAAGGACAGUGAACACAUCAAUGUCAGUUGUUCGGCAGCUGCCAAAGACCAAGGCCAUGAAUCACCUGUACAGACGGAUUCUCGGCGAGUUACAUAUGUACGAUGACAUGAGAGAAAACAUUAACCAGGCAGCAUCUUUGAUUUGGCAGUUUAUUCAUACCUUGGACCAUGAAAUGGUGAUGAUUAUCGACAAUUGUGAGAAUGUCAUUGAAAGUGAAGAAUAUCAAUCAUUCAUCAAUUUUAUUCAGAGACUUGUUCAGGCGUCGGAACGAAUCCAUGUCGUUGUAACGUCAUGUGUUGCCAUACCAGAAGCAGACAGGCAUCUUGGAUUUUUCCGUGAACUUUUACCUCUAAGUGAGGAAGAAUCUUUUAUCUUCCUGUACCACAUCGUCCCAGAGGAGAGUUCCGCUGAUUUAAGAAAAAUGGCAGCCUUGUGUGAAGGACUUCCGCUCGCCCUGCAAAUGAUAGGUACUCAGUUUGGUGAUUACACCGCCGAUGAGAUGAUAAUGUUGCUGACUGCUUCCAGAAUAGAGUACCUCAGUGACGAAUUCUAUCCAGCUGGCGAGAAACCCGGACUUAUCUAUACCCAGAUGAUCCAUCAAUUGUCUGCCCUUUUCCAACAAAGACUCGCUGCUUUGGAAUAUAUUCCAGCUUCUUUUCAACUAGCACAAGCGCGCGGAAUGUUGUACAACAUCACUGAAGCAGAACCGCUAGCUGAAGCUGGACCUGUCAACUAUCGACGACAAGAACUCGAUCGGACGGUUGACUACCUGCAAGAUCAUCAUAUCCUCAGUUUUGACGAAUCAGCAGGUCGAUACAACAUACACGGAAUACUUAAAGAUUGCAUCCGGGUAUCUAACAUCAUAUGUGAUAAGCGAAAAGUAAGAGAUCGCUAUUGCCGUGUGUUUGCCAACGUCCUAAAAAGCAUAAGCUCCAAACUGGACACAGUAGAGUACACACAAGCGCUUGAACAGCUCAGCCAUGAGUUUCCAAACCUACAGAAGCUUCUCAGUGACGUAGAGUACAGUAAUGGCGACACGUACCACGUGUUUGUGGAUCUCGUGGCUUCGUCUACCCAACUUCUCCACAACUAUAUGGGAGAUGAGAGUGUCUCGUUUUACAGUAAAUGCCUAGAGAUAACGCCACAGUUCGGACGACCUGGGGACGAGGCUACACUGCGGUGUGGAUACGGCAAAAUGCUGACAGUUGAAAGGGCCAAGUUUAGUGAGGCGGAGAAGAACUACAGAACAAGUCUGGCACUGCUUGGUGAUAGUCCCCUGUGUCCGACACACGUAACCAUCUACUCAUAUCUGGGAGAAAACCUCAACCACCAGUCACGGAGAUCUGAAGCGCUGGAACUCCUACAGAUGUCCCUAAGCAUCGCUGACCAACUCGGCAUGUAUGACGAGGAACCCAUCCUCAUGACAUUAAUAAGCAUUGGCAGGACAUACGGAGAGUCAGAACUCCGUGACGAAGGAGAGCGCUGCUUGAAGGAAGCACUAAGACGAAGCAUCAACAGAUUCGGGACAAAGAAUAAUAGAAUAACCUCACAGUGCUAUAACAGUUUAGGCUCUCUUAAACAAACGGGUCAAGACUACGAUGCUGCAUUGGAAUAUUUCUCGGAAGCACUUGACAUAAGAACAACGAUUAAGGAGGGAGUACAUGCCACUGUGGCAUCUCUCAACAACGUGGCACUACAGAAAUCCGUGCAUGGAGACAACAAAACAGCCAUGGAGAUGUUGUACCAGGCGGAAUUAACGCUGGCCAGGACCCCGGGGGUUCACGAGUUAGGUCGUCUGGCAACUCUAGAAAACUUGGGUCGGAUGAAUCAUCGUAUUAGAAAUUACAAUACUGCCAUUCCCUACUUCAAUGAGGUUCUGACAAUACGUGACGUAGAAACUCCCAGAAACGUAAACGUUAUGGAAAUGUUAGAACUACUGGCCGGGUCUUACGUGGUACAGGGGCGAUACAGAGAGGCUGUAGCCAUAUGGGAGAGGUCAAUAGAUAUAACACCAGUGGUUCAAAUGGCGUUUCCCGGGUAUCAGCUGCCUCUGUAUUGUUAUCUAAGUUAUAUGGAAGUAUUGGUAAAGGUUGGUGAAGUUGAUAAACUGAAGGAAAUCAGAAAGGAAGCUAACAAAGAGUAUGGACGACUCAUUACCUUACAUGAACAAAACAACAGAACGGACCUGGUGAACCGCUUUAGAUCCAGAUACCAAGCUACAAGAAAGAGCAUAAUAGACAGCACUGGUUUUGAUAUUGCGUUUAGGUGAGGUAAACAUUCCAGGCUUAACCAUAGAAGGGGGUCUAUAGGACCUGUAUUGUUCAUAUGUGUCUUUGGUUACCUGAACUAAACAAGAAGUGGAAAUGUUUCCCCUCAAUGUACCAUGGUCUCCAUUUAAGAUUUCUUACUGACUCAAAGGAAUAAAAUAAAUCUUGGUCAGGGCAAAGAUAUGGACAUUUCUAUGACGUUUGGUAAAAAUUGAUCAGGUGACAUUGAGAAUUAGUCGAAUCAACCAACCAGAGGACAUGAUAGCUAUUUUAGAUUUCAAAAAUAAACUAUCAGGGCCUGGUCAAGACCUUGAGAACGUUUUAUAUUUCCAUUUGCCUGAUAAAAUUAGAAUAUUCAAAUAAGUUCCGGUCACGCAAAGGGCAGCACAGUCAUUUUAAAAGAUUUUGAAUCAACCCCAAUGAUAACAGGUUAUGACAUGAUCAUUUGCACCAAGCAUCGUAAGCAUUCGUUUAUCUGAACUAAAAAAGUUGAAAAUGCUUUUACAAUAUUUUCAUAUUGAACCCUGCCCUUCUGCUCCUUUAUAACACUGAAACCCCUUCAAUAAGAAAAAAAUCCUUGCAAAAUGACGUACACACUUAUUCACCCAAACUUUAAAGCACCUAAUAACAUUUAUUAUUGUGUUUCUGAUGACGCUGCAGAGUAAUAUUGAUGGUUUUCUUUGAAAUGACGUUGCCGAAUAGCAUUGAUAAUGGGAUUUGUUACUUAAGCCCAACAAGAUUGAGGAUUGUCUUUCAAAUGACGUUUUUAGGAAAUUUUGAUGAUCAUUCUGAUGACUAAUAGAAUAUUCCCCGACCCUGAGGGUGCGAUAGAGAAAUCUCCAACCCGAGGGGUGAUGAGGUAGGGGAUGAUUGUUUUUUCUCCCAUCCUAUUAUUUCAGUCA